AUGGUAAACAAAACAUCAUCUGACAAGGUGAAACUCAAACAGAAAUCACGAAAACGCUCUUUGGCUGAUGUAGCGCACGAUGAAGAGCCAGAGACAAAACAAGGGAAAACUCAGCCGGAGUUUGUAUCAAUAUCCGAGGUUGAAUUCAAAUUUCUCUUGUCCGACCAGGAAACUGUGAUAGAAGGUCUGGAGAAGUUUAUUGGCUCGGCUGAGGCUGUGAUAGAAGGGCAGGAGUGUCCAGACAUUGUUGCUGGCUAUUGCCGAAGCUCUCAGACAUGCUCAGAGUUGUUUACCCUGAUUGAUCCAACUGGUCCCAAGAUGAAAGCGAAUGAGCUGGCACUUGUGUUUCGAUGUCUGGAACUGGUUCUGACUCGUAUUCAGACAAAUCUCUUGAAAUUCUCCUCCACUGGUGAGGCUGUUGUACAGAAACUGUUGGCAGGUCACAUGGGUCAAGUGUACAACUGUCUGCAAGAACAAAAUAAAUCUAAGACAAUCAAAGCUGCUCUUCGUUUACUAACCUCCAUGGUUCGGCUAAGUGACAGAGCAAAGAAAGCUGUCCAAUCAAGACUCAAUUUUGCGCAUGCGACAUUCCCACCCAUAUUUCGGCGCAGAAACCGGAAGGACCCUAACGAUGUCAGAAGCUGUGCCGUGGCGUUGACCUUGUCCUUCUUGCAAGACAGUGACCUCAGCACCAUCAGCUCGCUGGUUCAGCAGAGAACAUUUCUUCAACAAGUGAUUGGUGGGCUGAAGUACGAUAGACAUGACCUUGUACUGGAGACAUUGGCAACAUUACUAGACAAGGUGGUCACUUUGCCUGGACUUACCAAGACAGAGAAGGUCAAGCUGUUCUCUGAGAUGGUUCUCAAACAACUGUGUGAACUCUAUGACUGGCAGGGUCCCACUGGCUGGGUACCUGGAGGGAAGAAGCGAAAGAAGGAUGAUGAGCCCAGGGUCAUACCUGAAGGAUUUUCGGAAGAUCAAGAGGCGGUGGCCAACGUGGCACAUGCAUUUCUGUUGGAAGUCUGCUGCUCCCAUAAACAUGGGCUCAACUUUUAUGACAAGUCACUCGGCACAGGAAACAGGAACUAUAACCAGCUGCUGGCCCACCUGGUGGACUGGCUGGUCAAGAAAAUGGACAAGCCCAAAAUUGCAGAUCUCAUUAUUGGAAUAUUAUGUGCCUGUCCUGACCUGAUAAAAGCCACACUUACCAACCUGUGCCCUUCGCUGACUCCUCGCUGGUCAGACAAGUGGAGACAACUCAUGGGCUGGUUGAUAAAGUUCCUUUCAAGCCUGGACUACUUCAAAGAGGAUCACAUCACCGUUGUUUCCAUGGCAACCAAGUUUUGUCUACCGCCAACAAAUGUGGCCGCCAUACUAACCCAGGGCCUCAAG